CGCAGUCACUGACCCUUUCUCACCACCACAUUCAUUCACUCCAUUUAUCUUCAAAUUUUAAAAUCAAAUCAGAGUUCAAACUAAAGCAAAUGAAGCAGCAACCCACUUUGGUUUUUGUCUGCGAGAUCCCAGUUCCCUUUCUGUUUCCUUUUAAGAUCUCCUCAUCUUCAUUGUUCUGUGUUGUAGUGACCAACACUAAAGAGGGUUCAGGGUCUAAACAUCAGCACCACCACUAAACCCUAACCACCACCACCACCACCACCACCGCGAUGCCGCGCUUCCCCCUCUUCUCCACCCCGCGCCUCCUCUACUCCCUCCACACCUCCAAGUCUCCGCCGUCCCCUUCCUCCUCCUCCUCUCUCCUCCUCGGCUCGUUCUAUCUCCGCCACUUCUCCGCCGACGGCAACCUCGCGCGUGCCAAGGACGACAAGGAGGUAUGGUGGGCGGAGGUGAUGGCGAGGCUCCGCAACAUCGGACUCUCGGCUCAUAUCGACACCGGCAAGAUCCACGAGAUUCACGAGGUCCGCGGCCGCGACGGCGUUGGCGUCGGCGCUAAAAUGGACUUCAUGGAUUUGGAGCGGGAGAAGGGAAUUACCAUUCAGUCCGCCGCCACUUACUGCACUUGGAAUGGUUACCAGAAAAACUAUUACCAUGUUGCAUGCAAUGGUAUGAGAGUCUUUAGGAGAUACAAGGUCGGAUUGUAUGACAGAAGCACUAGUCUGAUAUACUGCAGAGAAUUCUCGGCCAUUGGCUAUGCCAAGGCUAGUGGAGCGAGUGACCAAGAAAGCCUUGUUCGGUUGGGCACAAGCGCCACUCAUAUAUCAUUUUUACAUCAAAUCUUGCAAAGUAGUGCAAGAACAUGCACACCUAUGGAAGGAAAGGCCUGUCAUGCACAGAGUAUACGUGUUGGAUUACUUUCGGACACCUUAACAUCUAACAUGCUUAUUAACAUGUAUUCAAAAUGUGGCUUACAUAAAAUCGCUAGAAAAGUAUUUGAUGAAAUGCCUGAAAGGAGCUUAGUUUCAUGGAAUACUAUGAUUGGGUCACUUGCCCGAAAUGGGGAGGAAGAAGAAGCUCUUAGUGUUUUCGUAUGUAUGCAAAGAGAAGAAAACCAAUGUAGUGAAUUCACCGUUUCGAGUGUUCUUUCUGCUUGUGUCGUGAAAUGUCUUGUUUCAGAAUGUAAACAGUUGCAUGCUUUUGCUUUUAAGGUAGCAAUGGUUUGGAAUGUCUAUGUGGGGACUUCAUUACUUGAUGUUUAUGCAAAGGCUGGUUUGAUAAAGGAUGCAAGUUUUGUUUUUGAGUCCAUGCCAGAGAGGAGUCAUGUCACGUGGAGUUCAAUGGUUGCCGGGUAUGUGCAAAAUGGGCUUUAUGAGGAGGCUGUAGUAUUAUUCGACAGAGCUCGGAUGAUUGGUCUAGAACUUAACCAGUUUAUAAUCUCUUCCACGAUUUGUGCUUGUGCAGGUCUGACAGCUUUGAUAGAAGGGAAGCAGAUGCAUGCCUUGUUGUGUAAAGGUGGAUUUGGUUUAAAUAUAUAUAUUGUUUCCUCUCUGAUAGAUAUGUAUUCAAAAUGUGGCAGCAUCAAAGAAGCUUAUACUGUGUUUCAAGGUAUGGAGGGUAUGAACAUUGUUUUGUGGAAUGCCAUGAUUUCUGGGUUUUCUAGACAUGCUUGCUCACUAGAGGUGAUGAUCUUAUUUGAGAAAAUGCAACAGGCAGGUAUGCUUCCAAGUGAAGUAGCGUAUGUAUCUGUAUUAACUGCUUGUAGUCAUGUGGGAUUGGUUGAAAGUGGAAAGAAAUAUUUCAACCUCAUGAUUACAGAGCACAAUGUGUCCCCAAAUGUUGUUCACUAUGCGUGCAUGGUUGAUAUUUUUGGUCGGUCAGGAUUGAUUGUUGAAGCCCAUAAUUUGAUAAAGAAUAUGCCAUUUGAUGCGACUGCUUCUAUGUGGGGUUCACUGUUAGCUUCUUGUAGGAUCCAUAAAAAAUUUCAUUUAGCUGAGAUUGCAGCUAAGCAUUUGUUUGAGAUAGAACCGAACAAUGCUGGGAACCUCAUUUUGUUGUCAAAUAUAUAUGCAACAAAUAAUAAAUGGGAGGAGGUUGCAAGAACAAGAAAGCUUCUUAAAGAAAGUGAAUUGAAGAAGGAGAGAGGGAAGAGCUGGAUUGAAAUCAAAGACAAAGUUCACUCAUUUAUGGUUGGAGAGAGAGGACAUCCUAGAAUUGUUGAGAUAUACUCUAAGUUAGACCAAUUGGUGGAAAAAUUAAGGAUGAUGGGUUACAAGGUUGAGAUUGAACAUGAUCUUCAUUAUGUUGAAGAUAGCAUAAAAGAUGAACUUCUGAGGCACCAUAGUGAAAAAUUGGCUCUUACUUUUGGAUUGAUGUGCUUACCCUCCAAUGCACCUAUCAGGAUCAUGAAGAAUCUUAGAAUUUGUGGGGAUUGUCAUUAUUUCAUGAAGAUUGCAUCAACUUUUUUGGGAAGGGAAAUCAUUGUGAGGGAUACAAAAAGGUUUCACCAUUUCAAGAAUGGUUUUUGCACUUGUCGGGAAUUUUGGUGAAAUAAUCUAACUGACAACUUAUUGUUAGCAUUUCAUGCACUCUUAUAACAUAUGGAUUGUAAUUGCAAAAAUGAUUAGUAAUAGUUGAUCAACUAGCUGAUGAUGGGGAUAAGGAAAUUAGGGAGCCCAAAUGCGGUGGUCAAGAAAAACAUUAUUUUUAAUUGAGAAAGAUAUGUGACAUUUGCAUUAGGAAUUUAGGACUUAUUAAAGAGCAGGUUCGUGAAAUAUUUCAUUUUACCGAGUUCAAUAUUGUCAAUGUCAGACUUGCAUUUGGAGUCAAUAAAGAGUAGGCUUUGUGAAAGAUUCAAUUGUACCAAGUUCAAUGUAAGUCUCUAAGUCAAUUUAGUUAACAAUAAUAUGUUUUGAAGCAAUGUUGCAUUUGGAUACUUUGUAAAAAUUGUGGGAAAUUGAAGUAAAUGAACUUGAUUGCCGUCUCUUCUUUACUAUAACUGCUGUAGCUAGUAUCAUAAUUUUAAUUAUGUUGAUUUGCAUUAUUUUUCUCUCUCUCGUAGUAUGUAGGAUUGCUUUCUUACUAUUGGAUUGAUGUCAGGCUCUGACAAGAAAAUAACAAGGCAUAGACAACAUGAUGCGGUUUGUAAGAUUGCAUUACUAUAUUCUUACUUCAUGUUCUGUUUUUAGAAAUAUAACUUGUUAAUAAUCUUCACUUUUAUUGCAGCUUAUAGUGAACAAGUUGAGUUGGUAAGGUUUUAAUUGAAAGAACAGUUUGAUAUUUGGAAGGUCUGGGCCGCAAACUAUUUGAUGAAGAUCUCAGUUUGUAAAGACUUCGAUGAUAUCAAGAGUGACUAGCCAUAUCACCAAUGACCUCUCCAACAUGUUCAUUCACCCUGAAAUCUGAGGUUCAAGGAUUAGACACUCCCCAUUACAAGGACUUUUGCACAAAGAAAAAAUAUCUAUCAAUAUGAUUUAUGAAAGUUUCAAAUAUUAUCCAAAGCUAGCAAGGUUAGCACUUAGCGGAGCAUCUUUCCGGAGAGACGGGCUUAUACUCAAAUUCAGCUCAAUCCUGACGAUACCCAUACAAUAUCGAGCCUAUCUAUUUAGUGUAGUUAACUAGUUAUACACACACUCAGACUACAAUAUUCAUUUCUGACUUCCAUUGUAUAGCUAGUCAGGCUCAUCUUACGGAAAAAUAUAAUGAAUUGUGAAAUGAUAUUAGUUUCUA